AUGUUGUAUUUCAUCGGUCUUGGUCUGGGCGAUGCUAAAUACAUCACUGUGAAAGGUUUAGAGAUCAUCCAGGCUACGACCCACAGUGACCUAGUUCUGCGAGCGCUGAAUGCUGGGAUUCAGUAUCAUGUUGUUCACAAUGCCUCCAUCAUGAACGCAGUGGGCUGCUGUGGAUUGCAGCUGUACAACUUUGGGGAGACAGUGUCCAUUGUGUUUUGGACGGACACAUGGAGACCUGAGAUGAAGAUCAAGAAGAACAGGGAUAUGGGCCUGCACACGCUGUGCCUGCUGGAUAUUAAAGUCAAAGAGCAGUCUAUGAAGAAUUUAAUGAGGGGUCCAAAUAUUUACGAGCCUCCCAGGUACAUGACUUUUGCUCAGGCAGCUGAGCAACUCUUAGAGAUACUACAGAACCAACGGGAUCGGGGUGAGGAACUGGCAAUGACUCAAGACACAGUGUGUGUUGGUCUGGCUCAGAUCAGAGCCGAGGUCCAGACCAUCCAUUCCGGGACGCUGCAAGAGUUGAUGUCCUGUGAUCUGGGAGGACCACUUCACUCGAUGAUCAUCAGUGGACACCUUCAUUCUCUAGAGGUUGACAUGUUGAAACUCUUCAGUGGUCCUGAGGGAUUGAAGACCUUGAAGAUGACCGAUAGUUCCACAUAUGUUUCGUGAUAGCCAAGAAGCUUGUGCUCCUCAAGAAAAAAAGUUCCCUUUCCAGUGCUCCUGGGUUUUUUAAAAACGAAAAGCAGUCAAGGCGGUCCACGUGAGAGCCUAGAGCUGCCGGAGGGUCAGGAGACCAUGCAAAUGACAUAAUUGUUAUUCCAGAUCAAAUUUGACCACUAUAACUUUUGAGUACCGGUCGGGCCAAGGUUGCAUUUCAUUACAAGAUUUAGAUUGGGAGUGGGAUGAUUAUUUUGACGUGUGGUAGUCAUGUUCUUGCUGUCAAAAAAAUAAAUGUUGGAAUUAUAAUAGAGGAAAUGGAAAAGGUUAUUAUGGACCAACUGCAUCUGGGUUGCAUUAGUGCCUCUGAAAUUGAGCUUUCUUCAAAAUUGGCAUAAUGUUUCCAUACGUUUCUUAAUGGAACUUUCUCAGUAAGAAUGUAAAUAAGAAAAAAGCGAAUACUGAGAUUCCUUGGAGCAUGUCAUAAUGGAUGAAGAUUGAUUUUCAUACAAUAAAGACACUAAUUUCAUCGCCACUGAUUACAUCAACGCCCUAUUUGUGGUUUGGCUGCUUUCAACUACAUCUUUGGUUUUGUUUGUGAUCUCUCAUUGCACAGAAAGUGAACAAAGCUUUUGUCAGAAAGUAGUUUGCCUCUGCCUGGUAUAUUUAUACAAAGACAAAUUAGAGUUCAUGUGUUGCAUUUAGAGAUUAUUUGGUUUACAGAUCUGCAUCUGCUUUUUACUGCCAUCAAAGUACAAAGCCCAAGACUCACUAACUUUCUUAAAACAUUUACUGGUUUAAGUGAAGGUUAUGUGCCUUUUGGCACACUUUUG